UACACCGCAGGCCGCAGCCAGACGCUCCUCACUCUCUCUCAGCGGCUCUGCUCAUGGCCAAAGUCAAUAGCGGUUCGUCCGGUUGCAGGGCCGUGGUCAUGGCUGGUCAGUUUUGGACGAGACCGCCAGCCCUGAGGCCGCAGAGGAGCGCUCAGCAUCAGCGGAGACUAGCCUCAGUGAACCAGCGCAUGAGGGCAUCCAGCGCCGCGGGACACGGGGGCAAAAACUCGGCGUGGAGCCAGCAGAAGCUCCCCAACUACGCCUGGUCCAACCGCACGCUGAUCUACAGAGAUGUGAAGGCUUUUCUCAGUGAAAUUGGAGGAGAUCCACGGGAGGCUCGCUACUGGUUAACACACUUCCAGAGCGCCGGUUCAUUUCCAGCGUUUGCGGUUCUGGAGGUUGACACUUCAGUGUUUGAUAGCCAUGAGAUGGUUCAGAGUCUGGCCUUUGGGCUCUCGUUCUUGCAGCGGAUGGAUAUGAAGCUUGUGGUGGUGAUGGGAUUGCCUCCUGAGAUGGAGGAAGAGGACUGCACCAAAACCGAGACUAAACCCUCCCUCGCCAGGACUACGAUGGUGAAACACUGUCAGGCUUUAACAGAAGCACUUCAGCACAACUCAGCCAAUGUGAUCUCAGAGGCCCUCUUACAACUGCAGCACGCUCGGGAUGAGAGCAGCAGUGGUCCCUCAGUUGUCGUGGACUCGGCUCUUCUGCAGUGGACUCUGGACUGCAGAGUGAUUCCUCUGGUCUGUCCGGUGGGCCGCGAUGCAGCCGGCUGCUCUUCUGUGCUCAGUCCGAUCCAGGUCACAGCAGCCAUCUCGCAGUCACUGCAGCCUCUGAAAGUCAUAUUCCUGAACAGCUCAGGGGGUAUCCGCAACCAAAACCACAAGGUGUUGGGUUUGGUGUCAUUGCCGGGAGAUCUGCCAGGUCUGAGUUCUGCGAAAUGGCUGAGGGAUGUGGAGCACAGACGCGUCAGUGCCAUAGCGCAGCUGCUCAACCUGCUUCCGGCGGAGACCUCGGCUGUCCUCACCUCGGCGGACACGCUUCUCACUGAGCUCUUCAGCCACAAGGGCUCAGGCACCCUUUUUAAAAAUGGAGAUCCCAUUCACAGAUACAGUAGCCUGGAUGACAUUGAUAUUGGCCGUCUCUUGGCACUGAUUAACAAGUCUUUUGAGAAGAACCUGAGAGAGGAUUAUAUAGCUUCUCUCAAGGAUAGACUGCAUUCCAUUUACCUGUCUCAGGGGUACAGCGCAGCUGCUAUAAUCACCACAGAGCCUGUGAACAGCGGCACUCCGUACCUGGACAAAUUUGUGGUCAGCAGCAGUAAACAAGGCCAAGGAACCGGUCAGAUCUUGUGGGAGUGUAUUCGUCAGGACUUGGGCAAGCUCUUCUGGAGAUCCCGCGCUACAAACCGCAUCAAUCCCUGGUACUUCAAGCACUGUGAUGGCAGUUUCGUAAAUGGUCACUGGAUUGUAUUCUGGCUCUGCCUUUCUGACAUCCGUGAGUCUUACGAGCUGGUGGAGUACGCCAAGUGCCUUCCUGACUCCUUCUGCUCUCACAUCGCAACAGAAGCAAAACCACUUCAGCAACCUCAAGGGUCAUGAAAACAAUACUCGCCUCACACACUGUAUCGGGCUUCAUAUCUUAGCUGUGUCUUUAAGUACUAUUGGUAACAAUGCCAAUGUCAUUCCAAACCCAUAAGCCGAGUGGAACACAAAAGGCGUUUUGAGGUUUUGGAGUCAUCGUCCCAU